ACAACAGCUGAGAUUGUAUGGAGCUGUAUCACUACAAUCUUUGCAUGUACCUGGAUAGUAGUACACCCAAAUGUACCUGCAUUAAAUGAAUCAGAAGGAAGACUAUAUUGGCAUCACAUAAAAAUCAUGGCUGUUGCACUUAUUGCACCAGAAUUCAUAAUCAUAUGGGCUGCAAAACAACUAUUCUCUGCUUGA